UUUCAGUUUCCGUAGCCAGGCAGUCGGGCAGCUUUUCUCGAUAUGGAGUUAUGGAACAUGUUUGCAGAGUGGCGCUCCCACAUACAGGAAGGAUACAUCGGACUGCGUUACAGACUCCGGCGAAGAGGGAUGCAGUGCAGUGACUGGAUUAUUCUGUUUUUGACCACUACAUUUUUCAGAUCUUUGUUUUUGCUUCUGAUGGCUCACAGUGCUUCAUCUGUUCACAAAGAGAGACUCUACCUGUACCACGUCCACACUGUCCACUUCAGUCCUUUCCACAAUACCAAUAACGACACUGAGCUCACUGCAGCUGUCCUGACUGAUGGAGAGAACAUGGUUUCAGAAUGGAUGGAAGGAUUCUGGAGUAGAACAAGAAUGAAGAAGCAGAGAGUUCUACAGGAAUCUGAAGUUUUUAUUGACCUUCUGGAGAUCAGCUAUAAUGGUUCUGGUGACAUAGUAAAGAGACGUGACUGUGAGGUCGAGAGAUCCUCUAGUGGAGAUGUGACCUCACUGAGCACUACAGCUGAAUACAGACUCAAUGGAGAGGUCAUCCUCCACUUUAAUGUGGACACCGUUCAGUGUGUGGUGCUGGACAGUGAGUUCCUUCCAGUUGAAGUAGUGCGAACCAGUCCACCCAGCCUCAGUCAAAUCUACAAGGAUUAUUUGGUGCAGACGUGUAUGGAGGAGCUCCUCGGUUACCUGGAUCACCAUGAGAGGGACAGCAGAAGAACUGAAGAUGAUGAGUUCAUUUCUAGAUACAGAUGGCUUCUCUUGCACAUUAUGUUUUGGAUUGUUUGGGAAAACAUAAUUAGGGAUCCGUACACAGUCCAAAAAACAGCAAAUGUAUUCGACCAUCUGUUUUCCCUGACGUUCUACACAACAAUGAUUAAUUCGAUUAUUUUCCGCAUUAAGAAAAAGAUGAGAAAAAGAAAAGCUGGGAAAACUCCAGUUAAAAGUGCUUACAGAGAAGAUUUAAAUGUGAUGGUGAAUGAAGAUCAGGAUGGAGGAGAUGCAGACCAAACGAAGAGGAGAUUCGCUGCUUCAAUGGACAUUCCUCUAACCUUGGCUGGUGAAGAUGAUGAUUAUGGUCAGACAAGGAUGACUGUGGCCAGUAAGGACAGACUGAGUCGGACUGCAAGACUGAUCACAGCUGGAGGGCAGCUUGGCUCUAGAACCAUCUCUCUCCCUGCAUUUGAGAUGCAGGGAGAGGAAGGUGACCACAGUGCUGAAUCAAAUCCCCAGGAUUCUUUGCAGCCGGCAGUGAUAGAAAGAUUCAUUGCUUCUAUGGAUAUUCCUCUGACUCUGGCUGACGAUGAGGAGAAUGAUGGUCAGAAGCUCAGUGAAGACAGACUGGCUCAGACUGCAGGACUGACCACAGCUGGAGGAAGAUGGAAUUCAAAGAAUAUUUCUCUGCCAAAUUUAGCUUCAGAGGGAAAUGACCACUCUGACUCUCAGUGAGAUGGUUCAGCAGAGGAGGCCGUUACUGCUACAACACCAGCAUUCAGAGAAGAAGAUCCCCACAAUCUCAUAGUCAUAGUCAAAGUUCAGCUAAACAUCUAAUCAAAAUGUUACGAUCAUUUGUUAAAAGCUCCAGAAGUCAGAGUUUAACUGUAUCGAGCUGUAUUGUAUUAAACUCAGUGUGGGAAAGUGAAUGUGCUGUUAGCUUGGUGCUAACAUGACACUGCAAAUCCCACAGAGACUGAAUCACAUACCAAGUUGAACGUAGCAUUAUCAUAGUAGCGCUAAUCAGAUACUCAUGUAGAAAAGAAAACUAAUGAUAUACGGGGAAAAAAGUGAAAAGUUCAUAAACUUGUUAUAUAUUAUGCUAUACGACACCAGCAUUCAGAGAUCUUUACAGUCUGUAAAGUCUAAGCUCAGCAAACGUCUAGUUUACUCCCCUCAUUACUCCAAAUGUAGUUGAUCAGUCAAGACACGUUUGUUGGAGCUGAUGAAGCUAACAGUUAGCAUGGUGCUAACUGCAUGUCUAAAGCCUCAGACUGUGGAGAUGGUCAGUAUCUCUAAUAGACUUAAUUAUGCGGUUUCUGACACUGUACGAUACACUUAUGUAUAAACAUGGACUAAAGCACAGACAAAAGUCAGGCUGCUACUACUGUAUUAAGCCAGACUUUCACUGUGUGAUUUUAGAAAUCUUGUUCUUUGGUGACUCAGCCUGUACGUUCGAAUCGCUCAUCGUGUUCGGCCAAAGCCUGCGAUUUAUAUACUCACACUGUAAGAAAACACUCGGUCUGACUGACAUGACUCAACAUGACAGUCUGUGUACAACAAAGCUGAUUCAUACAAAACAACACACUGUGCCUCAGAGUACUGAUCAACAACACUGGCUGAAUCUCAAACGGCUCCCUGCUCCCUACAUACUGCACCACAUAUACACAUAUAGUGGCUCCUUCACCCACACAGUGCAUCACGUCUAAUAAAUAGCCUUCUGAGAUCCAGCCAUGUGUGCACAGUUCCAUACUGGACUAACGGGGCACUGUUUUAAAGUCAGAUU